AUGCCCCUUCGUUCCUUGUGUUAUCUCAUCCUGCUACUGUUUGAGGUCUGGAGAGGUAUGGCCUGGGUGACGGACGGGAUUGAAGACGAAGAAGAGGAAACACGAUCGUCUGAUAAGAUGGAACAGGGAAUCGAUUCAUACGGUAGUAUGGCGGUGAAGAAGCUUUCAAUUAUUCCUGAGGCGAGUUCCUUUGUCAAGGAAACGAGUGUUCAAGUGGAAGACAGCGACGAAAUAAAUUCCAUGAAUGACGUUGCCCUCUAA